AUGUCUGAUUCUUUCAGGCCAGUCAGCGAAGUGCUCAGUAACUCGCAUAAAAAACAGUCCUUCAACGACAUCUACGGCGAACCGGAGAAUUUCUUGGAGAUCGAGGUCUGCAACCCACAAACACAUCUUGGCCGUGAGCAGUAUACGGACUACGAGAUUGUGUGCCGCACGAAUAUCCCGGCGUUCAAGAAACGCCAAAGCAGAGUGCGCCGGAGAUACAGUGAUUUCGUGACUUUGAAAAAAAUCUUGGAGCAGGAGCUGACGCGUGUGAUCAUCCCGCCACUUCCGGGAAAGAUAUUGCUCAGUCUGAAUAAGUUCAAUGAUUUGAAUAUCGAGAGCCGGCGCCAGGGCUUGGAGAAGUUUCUCGCUGUGGUGAGCGGGCAUCCAUUGCUACAGACAGGCUCCAGUACUUUAGUGGAAUUCAUUCAGAACGACCGCUGGGAGCCCCGCUAUCAUGGGUUCUGA